UCAUCACCAACGGCUCUGGUUGAAGCUAACUUGAUGCUAGUGACACGAGCUAAACUCGAUUUCAUUCAGGAGAUAAACGACCAACGUUUGUCGCAUUUGUAAAGAUAUUAAGUCGCUGAGCAGCAUAGUUUUAUAACAAUGUAACGCAAGGUUUCUUUAACCAGCAGCUGGCAUCUUUGAGCCGUACAGGUGCAGCCAGCUAACGUUAGCUCGUUCCGGGCUAGGCUAGUUGGCUCUUGGGCUAACGGAGCUAGCUCGGCGGAAUGGAUCUCUUCGACGACCUGCCGGAACCGAGGCAAACAUCCGCUGGAGUUUGGUGUGAUUCCUCCUCAGGUCCAGUUCCAUCAGCGACCACAGCUCCACCACAGACCACCACAGAAGAAGAAGAAGAAGAGGAGGAAGAGGAUGAGGAGGAGAAGAAGAAGAGAUUGAAGCGGAGGAGAGAGGACGCUGAUGAAGAGGGGGAGGUCAAGAGAGUUUGUAAAGAAGGCCUCCCCGUGCUGAAGGGCUACGUGGCGGCGCGCCGCGGCGAGCGCGAGGAGAUGCAGGACGCUCACGUCCUGCUGCCCGACAUGAGCAGCUACCUGAGCGCUCGGCCCGGUCCAGCGUCUCGCGUGUCCUACUUCGCCGUGUUCGACGGUCACGGAGGAGCUCGGGCCUCCCGAUUUGCCGCCGAGCAUCUCCACCACAUUCUGGCCACCAAGUUCCCGAGCGGGGUAACGGGGAACAUGGACGUGCUGAUCAAGAGAUGUCUCCUGGACACGUUCCGCCAGACGGAUGAAGACUUUCUGAGGACGGCGUCCAGCCAGAAGCCGGCGUGGAAGGACGGCUCCACGGCAACCUGCGUGCUGGUGGUGGACGACACGGUGUACGUGGCCAACCUGGGAGACAGCAGGGCAGUGCUCUGUCGGAUGGAGGCGGGGGGCGCAGGGAGGAGGUCGCUGACGCUGCCGCUCAGCACAGAACACAACCCGACCAUCUACGAGGAGAGGAGGAGGAUCCAGAGGGCGGGGGGCACCGUCAGGGACGGCCGGGUGCUGGGGGUCCUCGAAGUGUCUCGGUCCAUCGGAGACGGUCAGUACAAACGCUGUGGAGUCAUUUCCUCCCCCGACACCAAGAGGUGUCAGCUCACAGCCAACGACAGAUUCAUCCUGCUGGCCUGUGACGGGCUGUUCAAGGUGUUUUCUGCUGAGGAAGCCGUUAAGUUUGUGCUUCACUUCCUGCAGGAGGGGACUGUGGAGCAGAAGCCGGGGCUGACGGAGGAGGAGGUGAGGUCUGAAGCUGCGUGCCAACGAUUGGCAAGUGAGGCGGUGAGGAGGGGCUGUGCCGACAACGUCACUGUGAUCCUGCUUUCCAUCAGCUUCUGAACACACACACACACACACACACCUCCUUGUUGAGUCUGUUUUGCAAUAAAAAGCUUCCCUUCGU